AUGACGCUCCCGGUACCUCUCCGCGAGCACGACCUCCCCUUCCUCAAGGAGAAGCGCAAGCUCCCCGCCGACGACAUCCCCUCGGGGACCUACACGCUGCCCAUCAUCCACGCGCGGCGCCCCAAGCUGGCCAGCAGAGCGAUCGAAGUGCAAGUCGAGAACCGCUCCGACGUCUCCUACUACGCUCAGCUCAACAUCGGGACUCCCCCCCAGACAGUCUACGCCCAAAUCGACACCGGAUCGUUCGAGCUCUGGGUCAACCCAAACUGCUCCAACGUCCAGUCCGCAGACCAGCGCUUCUGCCGCGCCAUCGGCUUCUACGACCCGUCGUCCUCGUCCACAGCAGACGUGACCUCGCAGUCCGCCCGCCUGCGCUACGGCAUCGGCAGCGCAGACGUCACCUACGUCCACGACACCAUCUCCCUCCCCGGCUCCGGAUCCGGAUCCAAGGCCAUGAAGGCCGUCCAGUUCGGCGUGGCAGACACCUCCGUCGAUGAGUUUUCGGGCAUCCUGGGCCUCGGCGCCGGCAACGGCAUCAACACGGAGUACCCCAACUUUGUCGACGAGCUCGCCGCGCAGGGCGUCACCGCCACAAAGGCCUUUAGCCUCGCGCUGGGCAGCAAGGCGGAGGAAGAAGGCGUCAUCAUCUUUGGCGGCGUCGACACGGCGAAAUUCCACGGCGAGCUGGCCCAUCUGCCGAUUGUCCCCGCGGACGACUCCCCCGACGGCGUGGCCCGGUACUGGGUCAAGAUGAAGUCCAUCUCCUUGACACCACCACCACCUUCUUCUUCAGGAAGCACCGACGACAACAACAACAAGCCCGUUGCCUUCCCGCAGACCAGCAUGACCGUCUUCCUCGACAGCGGCUCGACACUCACCCUCCUCCCGCCCGCGCUCGUACGCCAGAUCGCAUCCGCGCUGGGCUCGACGCAGACCGACGAGAGCGGCUUCUUCGUCGUCGACUGCGCGCUCGCGAGCCAGGACGGCACCAUUGAUUUCGAGUUUGACGGCGUCACCAUCAGGGUGCCCUACGCCGAGAUGAUUCGGCAGGUGUCCACGCUGCCGCCGCAUUGCUACCUGGGCAUGAUGGGGAGCACGCAGUUUGCGCUGUUGGGGGACACCUUUUUGCGGUCUGCGUAUGCCGUCUUUGACCUCACCAGCAACGUCGUCCACCUUGCCCCUUACGCCAACUGCGGCACAAACGUCAAGUCCAUCACGUCCACCUCGUCCCUGUCCAACCUCGUCGGCACAUGCAACGACCCCAGCAAACCGUCCUCAUCACCAUCCCCGUCCCAAACUCCCUCUGCCUCUCCCUCAUCCACCGCUACGCAAAAAGCC